AUGAUCUUACAAAAGGAUGGAACUGAGAUAAAAAAGGUUAAUAUCACCGAUCCUGGGACGACAAGUUAUUCGUUUCCUGGUUUGGAGAAAAAUACCAACUACACAGUGAAACUGUUUUCCAGAAAUUUUGUAUUCGAGGGAGAUCCUACUCUAUGGAACUUUAAGACCAAGUUUGAAGGUGAGGAAUCAAAAGUGAUAUCGUGACUGACCACUUUCCACCAAUCAUUUUUUCGCCAACUUAGAUUUGUUGUGAGUAACCCAGUUUUAACAACGUUAUCUGCUUGCUGCAUUAUAAGAUUUUGGAUUUUCAGCGUUUGUCCCCUUCUUAGUGGCCAGUUUCCUUUCCCUUUGUGAUAAUUGUUUUAGAGACACCUACGUUUGAAGAAGCAUAAUAAUAAACAAUGAAAAACCAAUGAUCGUAGGUGAGAACAAUAGACAACCUACACGGUUACGUUCCGUAAAUGUUACCUGAUUUAUCAAGUAUUGUUUGCCUUGUCGUUUUUUUUUUUUUUUAAUUUUCUGAUGUUCACGUUUCAAAAUCUGCAAUAUGAAUCAGCCACAACAACAGCCGCUACAUAGGGACCUUAGGUUAUUUGGAUAAAUUUUUCCUAAACUCUUACUGACCAUAUUCAGAACGCCCAAUAACCAACUAUCCCUUUAGACAGUGAGAAGAUUUCCACACAUCGUUUGACCAAAGAAUUGAAGUUUGAAGAAAUGGGCCUUUCAUGAAUGUCGCUUCUAAUAUGCAAAUAAUAUGGGGAAAUCUUGUCAAACAGUGUGUGGACGGCCUCGAAGAAUCCUUCGUAUAUUUUCUUUAAGAUGAGAAAUAGCUUAUUUUCAUUUUGCAGGGAUUAGCCCAAACCAAAACAAUUAAGGUUGCCGUUUUCAAGAAAGUUUCUUUCGAAUCUCAUCCGGCACAUAUCUCACUCAACAAAAAAAAUAUUUUGGUAACAGUUGUGAACUUAGUAACUGAAUUGAGCAGCCGUAAUAUGGCAAUGAAGUUCGUCGCACCUGUUAUCGCUUAAGCGCUUCUUGUCAUUGCCUCCUCGGUUGGCAAACCCCCUGAAGAAAAAAGCUUGUUGUCUCGGCGGAAAAACCCGUGCCAGCUUAUAUUUGCAGAAGAAGAAUCGUAGGCCUGUACUUAAUCAUGCGCGAUGUCAAACUUUUCAAAAGCGGAAAGUAGUUGCACACGAACUGAGAUCCUUUCUGUAACUACGUGACACAAACGAACGGUGAAUUGUGACGUCAUCUAUGCAUCGGUCCUUCAUUUGAUCACGUGUAAAUAGCAAUUACAAUGCCAGUAGAAGUCAGUGUAUCGUUCAAAUUCGCCUCAUAAAUGCAGUAUUUGUUUUAGGCAAUAACCGACCAUCAUUUUAGACUUCUCAUUAUCACUUUUUGUCCUUUCAAAUUAUUUUGAAUUUAUCUCAAUACUUAACUUAAUUUGGUUGCCAUACACUUUCGUCUCAGAAAUAUCCCAAACAAAUCCUCGACCAGUUUACAGAUUAGUUAAUCAUUGAUAAUGGUUCUGACCAGGUUUGUAACAAGAAAUUAUAUAAUUAUUAGAAAUUUCACGCUGUUCGUGUCGUUGACAUCAAUCUAGGAGCCCCAGAUGUGGUCGAAAUAGACGAACUGCCAGAUAAAACAACAGACGAUACAAUUACCUUAAAGUGGAAGGAGCCAGAAAGUUAUGGAAAAGUUAUAACCAUGUACACAGUGUACCAAAGAGUAGUGACUGAUUGGAAAGUGGGACAGUGGACAGAAAUAAGGAGAAUCAGAGAUGUUUCUGUGAGAGAAUUGAAAAUAGCGUUGGAGAGAGGAAAGGUGUAUCAGUUUGCCAUUACUGCAACUAAUGAGUUUGGUGAAAGCCUGAAACAAGAGAGAGCAAACAUCCAGCAAGUCAAGGCAGAAGGAAGUAUGUUCAAAUGAAUCUUAUUUUCCCCUUUCAACGGUUUAUCCUUUUCUUUACUUAGUUUUCAAGGACUCUCCGUGUCAUGAACAUCGAGGUUUUUACGGGUGAAUUCUUCACUUGCAAGAACCUUAAUCAGUGAGAAAAAUUUUUACUUACGUCGCAGUUGAUAUUUGUAUGCCAACUGCAAAUAUAUGGCAUAUCUAUUAACUGAGAUUUUAAUCAUUGGCUGGCACACACAGAUAUUUUAAGUCUGACACAUGCUGAUCUGAAUCUGGUAAGAGAAGUCUGAAACACUUUCGUUUAAUCUUCUUACAUUUAAAUUAACUGCUUUUUUCUUUCCUUUGCCGCCAUCACUUAGCUGAUGCAUCUCUCCCACAUCAAAAAAUUUCACUCUCCCACACUGAAUUCCGAGAACUCUUCUGUCAUUUUCACUACCACGGCACUUUAUUCUUCAUACCGAUGAAAGCGACUUAGAACUUAGCCUCCUCUUCACACCGUAAUUUCGACACCAGAUUACUGAACCGCGAGAACUCAGAAUUGUCGGCGAUUUCGCUUUAGCUUAAUUAAGGAUGUAUAGUCACGCUGCCUCACGCUGCGAAGAGAGAAGUUGUCUAUCUUUUCACAGGUUUUCUUCGGUGAGGCUACAGAGCGUGACGCAAACUUCCUGUCUCAAGGUCAUGAAGGGUAUUCAUUUUCUUAGGUCUUAUGUCUUAGUUUUCGGGGAUCUUCGUUUUUUUAGCUACAAACGUAGUUCACUUUCUCUUUGUUGAUAAUCUCUUUUCAGUCUCUUUUCUGGAGCUCUUUUUAUUCUCUUCUCACAUUGGUCUUCGCUAGAUAUUCGCCGUUCUACUUUACCCUUUUCUUGUUCUCUAUCGUCUUCCCCUCGCUGUGUUCUGCCUAUUCUUCGCCCUAUCAAACCCCAUUUCGUGUUUUUCUGGACUCGCUCCACGCCUUUUAAGUUCUUUCUCUCUUUGGUCUCUCUCUCUCUCUCUUUAGAUCUAUAAGUAGAUAUUUGCUACUUUUUUUCUACUUACGAUUUUAAUUCAUUUAAUUAAAUAAGGAAGCGAUUUAAAAGGCAUUGUCUUAAACAAUAAUACUUUAUUCUUCGACUGUUGUAGACAGAAACUAAAUUCUAAGGAAUAUAACAUUUCUAUAACCUUUUGUAUAUCACCUACGUAGCAACUACCUACUCUGCGGUACGCGGACCUAAAUUUUAAAUUAAAAUCCGGCUUUUGGCCAAAUCCGAAGGUCAUUUAGGUAAGGAUAAAUGCCUUCAAACCCCCCAUCAAUCUGAAAUAUUUUUUUGGUUCUUUGCCAAGCUUAGUUUGAAUAAUAUCCUGUUGUUAGCUCACAAUUAAACUCGACCUUAAUCUGAACAGGAUUUUUUGAAGGUGGCCAUACCUUUUUUGCCUCUCUCUCUCUCUCUUUGAUCUCUCUCUCUUUGGUCUCUCUCUUUGGUCUCUCUCUCUUUGGUCUCUCUCUUUGGUCUCUCUCUUUGGUCUCUCUCUCUUUGGUCUCUCUCUCUUUGGUCUCUCUCUCUUUGGUCUCUCUCUCUUUGGUCUCUCUCUUUGGCUCUCUCUCUUUGGUCUCUCUCUCUUUGGUCUCUCUCUCUUUGGUCUCUCUCUUUGGUCUCUCUCUUUGGUCUCUCUUUGGUCUCUCUCUCUUUGGUCUCUCUUUGGUCUCUCUCUUUGGUCUCUCUUUGGUCUCUCUCUUUGGUCUCUCUUUGGUCUCUCUUUGGUCUCUCUUUGGUCUCUCUUUGGUCUCUCUCUUUGGUCUCUCUUUGGUCUCUCUUUGGUCUCUCUCUUUGGUCUCUCUUUGGUCUCUCUCUUUGGUCUCUCUCUUUGGUCUCUCUUUGGUCUCUCUUUGGUCUCUCUCUCUUUGGUCUCUCUCUUUGGUCUCUCUCUCUUUGGUCUCUCUCUUUGGUCUCUCUCUCUUUGGUCUCUCUCUUUGGUCUCUCUCUUUGGUCUCUCUCUUUGGUCUCUCUCUUUUGUCUCUCUUUGGUCUCUCUCUUUGGUCUCUCUCUUUGGUCUCUCUUUGGUCUCUCUUUGGUCUCUCUUUGGUCUCUCUCUUUGGUCUCUCUUUGGUCUCUCUCUUUGGUCUCUCUUUGGUCUCUCUCUCUUUGGUCUCUCUCUCUUUGGUCUCUCUUUGGUCUCUCUCUUUUGUCUCUCUCUUUGGUCUCUCUUUGGUCUCUCUCUUUUGUCUCUCUCUUUGUUCUCUCUCUUUGGUCUCUCUUUGGUCUCUCUCUUUGGUCUCUCUCUUUGGUCUCUCUCUUUGGUCUCUCUCUUUGGCCUCUCUCUCUUUGGUCUCUCUCUCUUUGGUCUCUCUUUGGUCUCUCUCUUUGGUCUCUCUCUUUGGUCUCUCUCUCUUUGGUCUCUCUUUGGUCUCUCUCUCUUUGGUCUCUCUUUGGUCUCUCUCUCUUUGGUCUCUCUUUGGUCUCUCUCUUUGGUCUCUCUUUGGUCUCUCUCUCUUUGGUCUCUCUUUGGUCUCUCUCUUUGGUCUCUCUUUGGUCUCUCUCUUUGGUCUCUCUUUGGUCUCUCUCUUUGGUCUCUCUUUGGUCUCUCUCUUUUGUCUCUCUCUUUGGUCUCUCUCUUUGGUCUCUCUCUCUUUGGUCUCUCUUUGGUCUCUCUCUUUGGUCUCUCUCUUUGGUCUCUCUCUUUGGUCUCUCUCUUUGGUGCCUCUCUCUCUUUGGUCUCUCUCUCUUUGGUCUCUCUUUGGUCUCUCUCUUUGGUCUCUCUCUUUGGUCUCUCUCUCUCUCUUUGGUCUCUCUCUCUCUCUUUGUCUCUCUCUCUUUGGUCUCUCUCUCUUUGUCUCUCUCUCUCUUUGGUCUCUCUCUUUGGUCUCUCUCUCUCUUUGGUCUCUCUCUUUGGUCUCUCUUUGGUCUCUCUCUUUGGUCUCUCUUUGGUCUCUCUCUUUGGUCUCUCUUUGGUCUCUCUUUGGUCUCUCUCUUUGGUCUCUCUUUGGUCUCUCUUUGGUCUCUCUUUGGUCUCUCUUUGGUCUCUCUCUCUUUGGUCUCUCUUUGGUCUCUCUCUUGGUCUCUCUUUGGUCUCUCUUUGGUCUCUCUUUGGUCUCUCUCUUUGGUCUCUCUUUGGUCUCUCUCUUUGGUCUCUCUUUGGUCUCUCUCUCUUUGGUCUCUCUCUUUGGUCUCUCUUUGGUCUCUCUCUUUGGUCUCUCUCUCUUUGGUCUCUCUCUUUGGUCUCUCUCUUUGGUCUCUCUCUUUGGUCUCUCUCUCUUUGGUCUCUCUCUCUUUGGUCUCUCUCUUUGGUCUCUCUUUGGUCUCCUUGGUCUCUCUUUGGUCUCUCUUUGGUCUCUCUCUUUGGUCUCUCUUUGGUCUCUCUCUCUUUGGUCUCUCUCUUUGGUCUCUCUUUGGUCUCUCUCUUAUGUCUCUCUCUUUGGUCUCUUUCUUUGGUCUCUCUUUGGUCUCUCUCUUUGGUCUCUCUCUCUUUGGUCUCUCUUUGGUCUCUCUCUUUGGUCUCUCUCUUUGGUCUCUCUCUUUGGUCUCUCUUUGGCCUCUCUCUCUUUGGUCUCUCUCUUUGGUCUCUCUCUCUCUUUGGUCUCUCUCUUUGGUCUCUCUCUCUUUGGUCUCUCUCUUUGGUCUCUCUCUCUUUGGUCUCUCUUUGGUCUCUCUCUUUGGUCUCUCUUUGGUCUCUCUCUCUUUGGUCUCUCUUUGGUCUCUCUCUUUUGGUCUCUCUUUGGUCUCUCUCUUUGGUCUCUCUUUGGUCUCUCUCUCUCUUGGUCUCUCUCUCUUUGGCUCUCUCUUUGGUCUCUCUCUUUGGUCUCUCUCUUUGGUCUCUCUCUCUUUGGUCUCUCUCUUUGGUCUCUCUCUUUGGUCUCUCUCUUUGGUCUCUCUCUCUUUGGUCUCUCUUUGGUCUCUCUCUUUGGUCUCUCUCUUUGGUCUCUCUCUUUGGUCUCUCUCUUUGGUCUCUCUCUUUGGUCUCUCUCUUUGGUAUCUCUUUGGUCUCUCUCUUAUGUCUCUCUCUUUGGUCUCUUUCUUUGGUCUCUCUUUGGUCUCUCUCUUUGGUCUCUCUCUCUUUGGUCUCUCUCUUUGGUCUCUCUCUUUUGUCUCUCUCUCUUUGGUGUCUCUCUUUUGUCUCUCUCUCUUUGGUCUCUCUCUUUGGUCUCUCUCUCUUUGGUCUCUCUCUUUGGUCUCUCUCUCUUUGGUCUCUCUUUGGUCUCUCUCUUUGUUCUCUCUCUCUUUGGUCUCUCUCUCUUUGGUCUCUCUCUCUUUGGUCUCUCUCUCUUUGGUCUCUCUCUCUUUGGUCUCUCUCUCUUUGGUCUCUCUCUCUUUGGUCUCUCUCUCUUUGGUCUCUCUUUGGUCUCUCUCUUUGGUCUCUCUCUUUGGUCUCUCUUUGGUCUCUCUCUAAUGUCUCUCUUUUUGGUCUCUUUCUUUGGUCUCUCUCUCUUUCUUUGGUCUCUCUCUCUUUCUUUGGUCUCUCUCUCUUUCUUUGGUCUCUCUCUCUUUCUUUGGUCUCUCUCUCUUACUUUGGUCUCUCUCUCUUUCUUUGGUCUCUCUCUCUCUUUCUUUGGUCUCUCUCUCUCUUUCUUUGGUCUCUCUCUCUCUCUCUCUCUCUCUCUCUCUCUCUCUCUCUCUCUCUCUCUCUCUCUCUCUCUCUCUCUCUCUCUCUCUCUCUCUCUCUCUCUCUAUUUCUUCCGUUUGGAAAAGGGAAAAGCUUUAGCUAUGAGUAUCGUUGCUUUGCAAGUUUAUUAGAAAAUUGCAAAAUACCAAGAAUCACUUUUCAACAACAACCUCACCAGUAUGAUUUCCCGCUCAAAACACGGGUUGCAAAUUCUUUCCUUGCGCUGCUUCACAUCCUCUAACCAACAUGAAACCUUUCUAGGUUUCUACAAAAAUCUUUGAAGUUGAAUCUUAAGUAAUAAUAAGAAGAGAAGAACUGAAAAAAUAACGGGUAGAAAGUGACUAUUCUUUUCAAUUUACUACAACUAUCAGAGGAGUUUGACACAAAAGAGAAAACUGUGGAGUGAACAAUCAUAACUGGCGACAUAAAGAGAAGAUAUAAGAGAAGCCCGUACGUUUCUGGCGUAUUGUUUCACUGACUCACUCUGCUCAUUUCUACCCAUCUAUUAGUCGACCGGUAAUCUCUUAACUGGAAGUUGCUUAUGGUCGUUUCUUUCAACUCUGACUCAUUUUCCCACACCAAAGUUCACAAUAACGCUCAAUGAAAUAUCAUUUCAGCCGACGCUGACAUCAUACACGACAUCUGAAGAAGAAAACAUUAUUUAUUCUGAACCUGUGCGCACUCUGAUUGCCUUGCAUCAUGGUCGCAAAAGUAAAACUGAAGCCCCGUUUAAACGGUCAUGACAGUUGACGAUAGUGUCAACUAUCAAGCGCGUUUGAACACGAACUGUCAUGUUCUAUCAUAACAUUUCAUCAAAAAUCAUGUAGUUUGGACAUGUCCAAAUUCGACAUGAUAGGUAAUGAUAGUUUUUGCUGUUUGAACGAGAGAAGGAGUGAAUGAUACUUGUUAGGUCAGCAGUUUUGCCCAAAAACGGGCUCAAACCGAAAUGGCAACGGUAAAAUGACUAAAAUAGUCGUCGAAAUUUCCCAGAAUGUCUCGUAGUUAAUUCCUAUCAUUUCCUGGUAGGCUUCAGUAUCUUUAACUUGUAACUUCUUGACUAAAAUUUCAAGUGCCGCUGAAAUUGCUGACCUCAGCGCGCACCGUAUUUGUGUACAAUUACGCGAUCUCAUUGCGUGAUAUUUUGUCAACUAUCAUUGACUGUCAUGAACCGUUUGAACACAAACUUGAUAGUCAAUGAUGUGAAUGAAAGUUGCAACUGUCAUUCAGUUGUCUAUCAUUAACGUUCAUGAUCGUUUGAACGGGGCUUAAGUCAUUUGCAUCUUGUCGCAGUCGAGUGAACAUCUUUUAUGGAAGAGAGAGUAGCGAGAAAUGUAUAUAAUGGGAAUUCACUGUUUGUUGCUGCUCCUUCGUUAAAAAGGAAAGUUAAAAAGAGUUGAAGGGCCUGUGGGCUCUCGUAAUUCUUCCGCGACCAAAUUCGUUCUUAGGAGGCAACUAAAGAGAUUCAGAAAGAAUCGAAACAGCAGUCUUGCUUAAGGAUCUUCACGAACGGCAGCAAUUACACUCCCAGCUGAUGGCUGUGUGAAUGAUAUCGAAUUCAGAAAUUGCAUUCCUAGACGGGACUUAUUUAUAAUGACAGGGAAUCGACCCUUGACAUGCAAAUGUAUUACAAAGAGAUAGAGUCAUCCACCAGGCGUAAAUAGGGGGCUGGAAUUUGAGGUCGCUACGUUGAUUACUGUAUCAGUGCUAUUUUUUCCACCAGAGAGGAACUUGGUCAUUUUUUAAUUGCGGUCAGUUACUUUCAUUGAGCUCUAAAAUAGAUCUAGGAAAUUUCUGACACCUCUUUGGCUUCUCUAGAAGUCAAAGUUAACAGAUAACAGUCUAUGCAUCAGUGGGUGUGCUACAGACCCACAAUGUCUCAUAGUUUUGUCAUCUUCAAAUCUAUCACAUGUCAAGAAUACCAUUCCUUAUUCUCAGUGUCUUAGGCUUCAUCGCCUAUAUACUGACAGUUCUGAUUUUCCAAGAUGUCAGAGGUAAUACGCCAGUUCUUCUCCUACCCUUGUCAUUCAAGGGAGUCUUAAACAACUGAUCGAAAGUCGGUAUUCUACAAACGUCACAGAAGGAAAAAAAUGAUCCAUUUUACCGGCAAGACCUGUCCUUCUAACAAAUAUAAAUUUCUUCAAAAUGAUCCAAAAACUGGUAUAUUAUUUUCGCAUAAAACAUAGACAACUAUUUGGUCAUAAAUACUUUCUAAAUAAAUGAUCAACCCGAGGCUUUCACCUUGCGUGCAUGACACAAAAUUUUUCCUUUCAUAAAUAAUGUUGAGACCAAUGUCAUCUAUGUCAUAACUUGCGGUUAUUUCAAAAAGUUAUACUUCAGCGAAAAAGGAAGACGACUAGGGGAAUGAUUCUGACAACACCAUCGUGACGCAGAACACAAGAAAAACAAUAUCUCUCAAAUUGGCCUCACAUUCGUACAUUUUAGGUCAGUGUUCUUUGUAAGUAAAGGCUGUUUUUUACACAGGAGGUCAAAUGAUAAUUCUUGUGCAAACAAACAAACGUUCAUUUUCAAUCAUAUUUUGUUUUUUUCCCAGUUCAAACAGUAAGCACAGAAGUUUACCUGACAGCGAUAAUACAGGAGAACUGUAGCAGACGUUCGGAAGUUGCUGCGAAAUUUCCAGAAAUGGUUAGAUAAUCUAUUUGAUCCAUAUACUGGAGUUUAAGGAAUACUGCCAUGAGAUUUAUCAUGAAAAGUGAAUCUUAUUCAAUCUGUUCUUGAAUGAAAUCUUAAUAUUUCUGUUAAAAAAAUAAGAUAUUCUGAACGAUCUUCAAUACGUGACAAGUAUUUCAAUAUACUUUUUUUCUUGAUAUGUCCUUUUAGGCUUGUCAAAUUGCCUUUAGGUUUGGCUGCUCAUCCGCCAACACUGUGAACACCAGGUAAGGUACAGUUUGUUGUUCUACACUGAAACAACAAAUGCAAACUCAAAUUUGCCUUCUUGUAGGAGAGAGGAGCUUUAUUUCUAUGUGUUGUAUUUUAGCUGUAAAAGUGUUUUUUCUGCUCUAGCAAAUCUUAUUUAAUACAAGAUAAUUUAUGUUUGAAGUAUAUUGUCUUUAAUCUAUAGUAAUCAGAGAAUGACAUGAAUUAAUUUUAUUUACCUUGGUUUAUUACACUGGUUAAAUCUCAAUAUAUUUUAACUCUUAAAAGUCACCAAAGUACGAAUGUGUGCGAUGAUACUCUUUUCUCACCCCUCCCCCCACCCCCUUAUCUAGGUGUGGCAGUGUUGUUCUUGACUUUAUGAUGAGGUUCAAUCAAAAUGUAGUCGUCAGAAAUGUUUUGAUUGUCCUGUCGGAUGCUGCAAGGCAAGACAAAUUCGGAGGUUUUAAAGUCAAUCCAGACUCAAUUAAACAAGUUUUAAUACCCACAGAGGGCUCGGAAAGCACAACAAAAGGUAAAUUUUACAAAGACAUUGUUCAAUGGUUACAUGUAUUCUUCCGAAGAUGGACUGUUUAUAAUUGUAUUCCGUAUCUAUUUAAUUAAACAACUUAUUCUGUGACUGAUACACUUCAAAGUUUUUGCUUUUAACGUUGUUGUUUUAUUUAAUUAAACAAAAUCUUUUAAAAAUUAUUUUAGAGAGAGUAGCACCUUUCUCUUCUUUUGUACCAAGCCAAUUAGAGUUAACGUUUUUCCGUCAUGAACCUAAGCUAUGUAGUGAGAGCAGUGUAUCGACCAGGAUCAGUGUAAAUGUUUUUUGAAUGUUAUUUCAUCAAGCUUUGUAAAAUGAAUCAUUUUAGGUCCUGAAGAAUGUAACUGCCCAUCUAACAACGUCUUGUUGGCCAUAAUUGGGGUUCUUGCCUUCACAGUCAUUCUUCUAAUUAUUUACAUAAUCUGGCUACAUAAGAAAGGUAGGUAAAAAAUUCAUAAUCUAUGUCAGAGGGUUUGGCUGCAAGACUCUUUUUUACGCAAAAGCAAAUUUUUACGCACGUUUACAUCAUUGGUAUUUUUUCCUUUCGUUCUUUUUCAGGCGCUGUAGGGAAACAGAGGUAAUAAUUUUCUGCUAGUUGGAUUGUGUCGAUGUAAUGUGCCCGAUAUGGUUUCAUCUUAACACAAAACUCCAAUAAAAACUGAUGAAAUUCUUAGCGUUUUAUAAUUAUUUCUAUGCUUUCUCAACUGUAGGACUUAUGAAGAUGAGAGACGUGUUUGCGACGUAAGUUACAGCUAAGACAUUGAGGUCAUGUUAGUGUGACCAGAAAUUAUGUAAUCUUACUUUACCUCUACUUUCUAUGAGAAAAUAAACGCUUGCAGCAAAUAGGAAGGAAAAAAUUUGUAGUUCUACAUAAAAAAAAAAGCAUAUUGCAUCAGUGGCGGAUGCAAUGAAAUAAAAGAGGAAGUUAGGCUCGAUAAGGUCUUUGUCCUGUGAUCAUGUCCUUUACCAAGCCACUCCAUGGAUUUUCCUUCGAUUGUCCCCGGUUCAACCGCUUGGUUUCACUUCGUAGAUCGCUAACUGGUCUGCACCCGGUUGAUAUUUGCUCUCUAAAUAAUAGAUUUCGCGCAUUUUGGCCUUCGUAUUUUCUUGAUGCCUUAUUUUCUAAACGUGAGUUUAGGAGCUGAGUACAGCAAGAGUUUUUUGGUGCGUUUAUUUGUCAAAAUAUUGGACUACCAAUCGACAAUCUUCACGUUGCAGUUUGUAGCUUCGGCGAAUAUGGUAUGAACCUCGAUCACUCUAUUGGACAUGAUAGUUUCAAAAGCAGAGAACAAAAUGUUAUUGAUAAUAAGGACAAGGGAUUAUAAACUAUUUAUAAUCUCUUGUCAUGGAAGAAUAUAAACGUUUGUCUGAUUAAAAUGGAUAAACUGAUUUUUAUUACCAUGUUUUAUUACCAUGUGUGACUUUCUACUGGAAUUAAUAACAGAUUUGGGAAUGAAUACCUUAACGGUAUGUUGAUUUAAUAGAACGAAACAGGAUUAGAAGAUAUCGAACCAAGUCUGCCCGAUUCAAGAAAACUCACUCAGCCUCCUGCGGAAUACAUGGAUCUCAUAGAAGUCAACAAAGAUAAUCGAAAAGCACAAAGUACCGCUCCAGGUGCUGAUUACAUGCCUCUUCAUACGUUAACACGCUGCUGGGAAGUUCCAAGACAUCACGUGACCAUAGAAAAAAUCAUUGGUAAAGGUGCUUUUGGUCAGGUUGCCAAGGGAACGGCAGUAGGACUUCGAGGGAGUCCUAAAACAACCACAGUGGCUAUUAAGAUGCUUAAAAGUGAGCUCUUCUACUGUAAAUUGAAUGACAGUCUAAGCCUACAGGCAUUCAGGAAAUAUUACCGGAUUACUGUUACAGUAGUUAUUUAGCUAUUUGCCAUUUCAUAAGUUAUGUUGUUAUUCCGACAUUUCGCAUAUUUAUUCCCGUUAACCAAAUUUUACUCCUUGUUUUUAAUGCUCCAGCAAACGCUGCUGAAUCGGACAAGAGAGAUCUGAUGAAAGAACUUGACACAAUGAAGCAGCUAAAACCACAUCCUUAUGUCAUUAAACUUCUGGGAUGUGUUACGGAAUCUGGUAUGCUUUAGUUAUGCGGGUCUAAUUUUGCUGUACAAAUUUUUCUUAUGAUUUACUCUGUGACGCUUUUUCGUCAUUGUUAAUUUCUCUCAAUGGAAGAGUGGCCGCUUCACAAUUGAGCACAACAAACAACCAUCGCUUAAGGUAAUUUUAUCUUGUUUUAGCCAACACAGACGUUCCUGGAUUUACUAAUAGACUAAGACCGAAUAUUUACCACUGAACGGAUCAUUCUGUUGUAUAAGCAGAAAUGCUUUUUGUGUGGGAAUAAUUGGUCUGUAACUUCUUAUGAGACCAUCACAUAGACCGUUUCUUGUUAUCAUGCGAUUUCCUCAAAAGUGUUGACCACGACUGGGCUAUUCAUCUAUUUCAAUUACUGCUUUUUUUUUUAAAGAAAGUAACAUAUCAAUUAAAUUGUUUAAUUUCUUCAGAACAGCUGUUGGUUUUGAUUGAAUAUGUACCUUUUGGGGAUCUGCUGGGUUACCUGAGAAAGAGCCGUGGAUUAAAAGACACUUACUACAAAGACCCAGAUAUCAAACCACAAACAAAUCUGACGUCACAGCAGCUGAUAAAGUUUGCUUGGCAAAUUGCUGAUGGAAUGAGUUACUUGUCCUCAAAAUCUGUAAGUUAAUUAAAAACACAAAGGACAAACAAUUCUGAAACCUUCUUGUGGGGUCUAUCGUCAUGUUAAGCUCUCUCUUGCAUAGAAUAUUAUGUCUUCACAAGAUCACGCCCGGGAGAUGCAAACGUGUGAUAGAUAGAUAGAUAGAUAGAUAGAUAGAUAGAUAGAUAGAUAGAUAGAUAGAUAGAUAGAUAGAUAGAUAGAUAGAUAGAUAGAUAGAUAGAUAGAAAGAAAGAAAGAAAGAAAGAUAGAUUAGAUAGAUAAGAUAGAUUAGAUAGAUUAGAUAGAUUAGAUAGAUAGAUUAGAUAUAUAGAUAGAUAGAUAUAGAUAGAUAGAUAGGUAGAUAGAUUAGGUAGAAAGAUUAGACGGAUAGAUAGAUAGAGAUAGAUAGAUAGAUUAGAUAGAUAGAUUAGAUAGAUAGAUUAGAUAGAUAGAUUGAUAGAUUGAUAGAUUAGAUAGAUAGAUAGAUAGAUAGAUAGAUAGAUAGAUAGAUAGAUAGAUUAGAUAGAUAGAGUAGAUAGAUAGACGAGAUUUAUUACAUCGUUCGAUACGUCUAUCCUUCAGUGAGUUCAGGUUAAACAAUUAAAGGUUGUAGAGAUAUGAUAGGUCAAGUGAAAUUAUAGAUAGGGCGCGUUUUUUAACAUGUUCUAUGUCGUUGCUUAAAUAAUCAGGCAGUGCAUGAUGGUAAAGAGGAGCACAAUAUUCGAAUACAGGUGAAUUCAAUGUGAGAAUUGCGAUAUUUGUGCAUCGUUGCAAGUGUACCUCAUCGAAAUAAAAUAUCUGGAUUUUUCUCGUGUGGGCAAAGGCAGAGAUGUGAAUGAAUAGGAUCUUUUAAGAUAUUCAGCUUAAACUGAGUGUACAACAAAUAUCCAUUUUAGUGACAAGAAAGAAAAAGAAUUAAAACCUCAAAUUAAAAAAAUUCGUCUUUGGUCGCUAAACUACUUCAUUACAGAAUCCUAUUUCGAUUAAAAUGUUAACAUGAGCGUUUUACAAAAUAACUACGUAUUGCAGACAUAAAGUAGUUUGCUUCUCUUUGGAAUAUGAAGCAGAUAUUGUAGUAGUUUUAACUUUCUGCCAUCUGGAAGAAAAAGAAAUACGCACACCAUAUUGUAUGUUGCUAGAUAUUUCUAUUUUCCUCUCUGAACCAUUUCAUUUCAGUUCUUUUUCUUCUACAAUCGCUACUUUUUGCUGUUACAUCAAUGCUUUCUUAGAUCAUUCACCGAGACCUAGCGGCCCGUAAUGUGUUGGUUGGACAAAAAGAGACUUGUAAAGUGACUGACUUCGGAAUGGCCAGAGAUGUGCAGCAGGAAAAUAUUUAUGAACGAAAGACUAAGGUAAUCAAGAAAAAGGGGAGGUGAGGGCGGUAUUACAUUUCGUUCAGUUUAGUAAUCUUUCACCAUCAUUGUUGUGGUAAAGGUGAUAUAUUCCUGAUUUCGAUCAUGAAUUCCUUGGGACCUUAAUGAAACUAUCAGCCAUGCGUAUACGAGUAUGAUUUAAAAUAUCACUAUUUUUGACUUAUCGCUUCCUAUAAUUCUCGAGCUGUUUCACAAAGUGUUGUUUAAAAUCUUUAGGGCCGUCUUCCCGUGAAAUGGACAGCUUAUGAGGCCUUAAUGUAUGGUAAAUAUACCACCAAAAGUGACGUGUAAGUAUAACCGAUUAUUACCCGUAGCAGUUUAUCAAAAAUUUUAUAAUUUUAAUCAGGACUUGAGUUCUAUGCUUUGCCGAAGAAUACAUUUAUUUUAUUCGUCGUAUAUACUGUUUAUGUCUAUAGUCACUUAAUUUAUGUUCGUUUGAUUUGUCUUUCUGCAGAUGGAGUUAUGGAGUUUUGUUGUACGAGAUUUUCACCAUAGGUAACAUCGAGUGGAAUUUUAUGAGGUUCUGUAGAUGUUUUUUGCUUUAUACCAUGUUUAAUUAAACAAUGUAUCGUGUUUAGUUAGACGAACGUUAUGACCUUCAAACUACAUCCAGUGACAGAGGCGGUGUUUCAUUGAAGGUCGUUUUUUCGUUACACUUAUAUUUUGAUGGUCUUGUGGUUCUUUCAGGCGGUUCACCUUACCCACGAAUGGAUGGAAGAAAAAUUGCAAACUUACUCCAGGAUGGAUACAGGAUGCCUAAACCACAACACGUCGAUGAAAAAUUGUAAGUUUUCUUUGUUUACUCGUUCUCCCUCGUCGUACAAGGAGACGUUCCUUAAAUCUUCAACAGAUCAUUUGAACAAUACCAGGUAUCAGAUCAUGAUGAAAUGCUGGAAGAAUGACCCAGACGCAAGACCAACUUUCACUGAAUUGAAAAAUCAGCUUAAGGACAUGGAAACCCUACACAAGGUCAGAAUUUUGAUCAGUAUGAAAGUUUCUUUUCACGUAGGACCGACCGGCUUAGGCUCAGCUAAUUAGGGUUAAACUUAACAGCAUUGAGCCUAAAUAGCGUAGUAAUAUGUACUCAUCUUUGUAAUUUUUAAGAAAUUUGCAUUACAUCUUUUUGUUAAGUCACUGAAGCUAGUACUCCACGAAAAACAUCAAAGAAGUGAACUAGAAUGUCUCAAUGACAAUUAACACUUUAUUGUUAUUUAAAAGAUCAUAGGAUGAUUGCAAAACAGCAUUGAGACGCACAAAGAGUAGCAGACGACGGCGCCAUAAAAUACUUCGUCCUUGAAUUUGUUUUGGUGUGAAAACCUUACCACUCAUGAGAAUAACCACUUUAAACUUUUUUAAUGGUGCUGAUUAUUAUAUUAUUUUUUCUCUGCAGAAGCUAAUUGACAUGAAAAUGUACGACAAGCAAUUGUAUGCAAACGUCGAGGAUUUAACGGUGUAGUUAGAUACACAUCCACGGUGUAUGACCUGCUAAUAUUUUGAACACUUCGCCUAGACAAGUGUCAGGGAUUAAUCAUCGUUUCUUUAUACGCUUACUUGGUAGAAAUAGCCAUGUUGCGUUUAGCAGUUAGGCUGGAACGUUAUAAUUCAAUUGACUUUAUAUUCUUAAACGCUGAAACGCUUUUAUAAGUUUACCGAUAAAACUUACUCUCAUUUUCUCUUUAACAUAUCAAGUACUUACAUGUAUGCCUCGACACAAGCGUUUGAGUUCAGUUUAUUUUCUGGCUCAAUUCUUAGGUCAUGAUGAGAUCUCGCUCUAAAAGCCGUAGUUCUGUACAAUUUUAAUAAAUUACUAAAACAUUUUGCCGCAAAACCCGCUUGUUUUCAGGAAAACUAAUCGUGUGCAUAAAUUGCUUUCCCCAAGACCGCCUUUACUUGCGAUACCAACUCGGAAUACUUUUAUACGGAACUCUAAUCAAAAUUAUACUUGACACAUUACUUCUGCAAGAAAGUUUGUUGUUUGGCAUAAUAGGGCGAUAGUUUUUGCGUACUAGAUACUAAUACACAACGAAACUGAUCGUAGAUAUGGGUGGAAGUCUUUUUUUCUUGGAUACGUUGCUAAUGUAAUAAC